AUUGCCCCCUUCCUCUCCCUUCUUCCCCUCUUACCAAAUCAGAGAGAGAGAGAGAAAUAACAUCUAUAAUCUAUUACAGGUAACAUGAUCGGACAGCUUAUUAACCUCAAGGCAACGGAGCUCUGUCUCGGCCUCCCCGGCGGCGCUGAGGCCAACGAGAAUCUGGCAAAAUCGGCGGUGGGAAACAAGAGAGGCUUCUCAGAGACCGUUGAUCUCAUGCUCAAUCUUCAAUCCAACAAAGAAGGAGCCGUCGAUCUUAACAACGUCGCCUCAGCUUCCAAAGAGACAACUCUUCUCAAAGACCCUGCUAAGCCUCCUGCUAAAGCCCAAGUUGUGGGAUGGCCACCUGUGAGGAACUACAGGAAGAACAUCAUCACACAGCAGAAGACAAGCGGCAAGGAGGAGGCCAGCAGCGAGAAGGCUGGAAAUAGCGGCGGAGGAGCUUCCGGAGCUGCAUUGGUGAAGGUAUCCAUGGACGGAGCUCCCUACCUAAGGAAAGUGGACCUUAAGAUGUACAAAAGCUAUCAGGAUCUCUCUGAUGCUUUGGCUAAAAUGUUCAGCUCCUUUACUAUGGGAAACUAUGGAGCACAAGGAAUGAUAGAUUUCAUGAACGAGAGCAAGCUAAUGGAUCUGCUUAAUAGUUCUGAUUACGUUCCAAGCUACGAGGACAAAGAUAGCGAUUGGAUGCUCGUCGGGGAUGUCCCAUGGGAAAUGUUUGUCGACUCAUGCAAACGUUUGCGCAUUAUGAAGGGAGCUGAAGCAAUUGGACUUGCUCCGAGAGCAAUGGAGAAGUACUGCAAGAACAGAUCCUGAACUUCAUAAUAAGGAAAAGGUAUCUAUCCAUGAUCAAUAUGGCGGGUUCUUGAUUUUAUAUGUAAUUUUAUGAUUUUAUGUGGCUAUCUCCUAUAUAUACGUGUUGUAAUAUAAAAUAUUUGAUCGGUAUAUAGGGCAAUAGUAUUGUUUUACCCGUAAGAUGUGGACAACUUUGUAAUGUGACCAAAAGAGAGGAAACUUAAAAAUCUCUGUGUUUGUGUCAUAUU